AUUACAGGUCGCGUCCUUACAACGCCGGCAUCUUUCCAAAACCGAGUCAUUUCCAGUCGCAAUUCCGCGCAGUUAAGUGUCCAAAAAGGCAUAAAGCAGUUGGUGGUGUAUCCUUUCGGCCUUUCGCUUACCUGAUUUGCACAGGAAAGGGUCUCGUCCUUUCCACGUAGCAAAAACGCGGGCAAACCGACAGAGACGGCACUACCCAAGCCACCGGAAAAGUCAGUCUCGCUCACUCGCACGCGUUCUACGCUUUUAGUGACGCUGACGCCAGUCGACAAUUCGUCCUCGUGUUAAAGUUCGGUGUUUUUACGGCAAAAUCUUGACAAAAACACAAUGGAUCAAAGCCAAAACGCGCAGAACGGGGGCACCGGUGCGAAACCGGGGCUUGACGAAGACAAAAAACUGUUCGUAGGCGGUCUGACCCUCGAAACGACGGAACAACAGAUCCAAGAGUACUUCGGCCAGUAUGGCCAAAUCGUAAGCGUGACGCUAAAGAUGAACCCGCAGACCGGUAAGUCGAAAGGCUUCGCGUUCGUCGUUUUCAAUAGUCCGGAAAUCGUGGAGAGCGUGCUCCAGGUAAAAGAGCACCAAAUUAACAACAAACAAAUCGACGUGAAAAAGGCCAAGGCCAAACCCGGCAAAAUUUUCGUCGGCGGCAUCACGCCUGAACUGACCGACGAUGAUAUCAAAAACUAUUUCUCGCAAUUCGGCAAUAUUACCCAAGUUGAGAUGCCGUUUGACAAAACGAAGAAUCAACGCAAAGGCUUCUGUUUUAUCACAUUUGAUAACGACACUAUCGUGAGGGAACUCCUAAAGAAACCGAAACAGACCAUCAAGGACAAGGAGGUGGACGUGAAAAAAGCUGCUACGCAACCAAACAACAUGAUGGGUCGCGGGGGUUGGGGCCGCGGCGGUGGUCGUGGAGGACGCGGCGGGGGCCAGGGUGGCUGGGGCGGCCAGGGUGGUUGGAACCAGGGCUGGAACGAUUAUGGCGGCUACGGAAACUAUGAUAACGGCUAUGGCGGGUACGAUUACUAUGGCGGCGGAUAUGGGGGCGGUUAUGGAAUGGAUUCGGGUUACGGAGGAGGCUAUGGGGCGACACAAAGGGGUGGCGGUCGAGGCAGGGGCGCGCGAGGAGGCGGCCAAAGGCACCAGCCUUACUAGACGCCGGUGUAGUAGAGCGUAGUGUGCAAAAAAGAUCGAUGUUGUGCAGGGCCGAUUUUUUCUUAUUAAGGGUGUGUGCGAAAUUUUUCAAAAAAAAAAAUUAAAUUAAAAAAAACGUUCUCCUAUCGUGCGCAUUGAGCAUGUUUGUUCAUAGUAAGUUUGUAGGUUAAAACCAAGGUGGACGCGAGUUUUUAACAUUGAAUCUUCUUCCAUUGAGUAUUGCGUGAUGGAAACCCAUACACAUAUAACACACAGGGGCGCGCGUGACGGGGCGGGGCGCGCCGCCCCCGUCCUCAGGCGCCCCGAAUUUUGUAUUUACUUUGUAAUAGUUUUUAAAUGAAAAUUUAGUAAUAAUAUUUUUGUACAAUAAAUUUGGACUUUGUUUCACACCAUAGGCUUUUUGUCGUCAUAUAGUUCGCGGUGGGGGCGCUGGUUUUUUCGAACAUGUUCAAUCGAAGCACCUUUAUAACUAAUUUAAUAAUUAAUACUAAUUAAUAAUAAUUGAAGAUAUUUUUUUUUCCAUUAUACUCUUAAAUAUAAAUAAUAAAAAGUCUCUCAAAAAAUCUCUA